UUGAAAGAUGUCAACCAGGGGAACAGCCAUCGGCAUUGACCUGGGCACCACAUACUCCUGUGUGGGGGUCUUCCAACAUGGCAAGGUGGAGAUCAUCGCCAAUGACCAGGGCAACCGCACCACCCCCAGCUAUGUGGCUUUCAAUGACACCGAGAGACUCAUUGGAGAUGCAGCCAAGAACCAGGUGGCUCUGAAUCCACCCAACACCAUCUUUGAUGCCAAGAGGCUCAUCGGCAGGAAGUUUAAUGACCCAGUGGUCCAGUCUGAUAUGAAGCACUGGCCCUUCCAGGUGGUGAAUGAUGCAGGAAAGCCCAAGGUAAAAGUCGAGUACAAGGGUGAGGAUAAAACAUUCUACCCUGAGGAAAUCUCUUCCAUGGUACUGACCAAGAUGAAGGAGAUUGCUGAGGCUUACCUGGGCUACACCGUCACCAAUGCUGUUAUCACGGUGCCGGCUUACUUCAAUGACUCCCAGCGGCAGGCAACCAAAGAUGCCGGUGUGAUCGCUGGUCUCAAUGUCCUACGUAUUAUCAACGAACCAACAGCAGCUGCCAUUGCCUAUGGACUAGACAAGAAGGGUAGAGGAGAACGCAAUGUUCUCAUCUUUGACUUGGGAGGUGGAACCUUUGAUGUGUCUAUUCUCACAAUUGAUGAUGGUAUUUUUGAAGUGAAAUCGACAGCGGGCGACACCCACUUGGGAGGAGAGGACUUUGAUAAUCGCAUGGUCAAUCACUUCAUUGAGGAGUUCAAGCGUAAAUACAAGAAGGACAUCAGUGAGAACAAGAGGGCGGUCAGGAGACUGAGGACAGCCUGUGAGAGAGCAAAGAGAACCCUAUCUUCCAGCACCCAAGCUAGUGUUGAGAUUGACUCUCUGUUUGAAGGCAUAGACUUUUACACCUCCAUCACCAGGGCUCGAUUUGAGGAACUUAACACUGACCUGUUCAGAGGCACUCUGGAACCAGUGGAAAAAGCUCUGAGAGACGCCAAGCUGGAUAAAGCUCAGGUUAAUGAAAUAGUCCUGGUUGGAGGCUCCACCCGCAUCCCCAAGAUCCAGAAACUGCUGCAAGAUUUCUUCAACGGCAGAGAUCUAAAUAAGAGCAUCAAUCCUGAUGAAGCCGUGGCCUAUGGAGCGGCUGUUCAAGCGGCUAUUUUGAUGGGGGAUAAGUCAGAGAAUGUUCAAGAUCUUCUAUUACUGGAUGUCACUCCGCUAUCGUUGGGUUUGGAGACAGCAGGAGGGGUGAUGACCACACUCAUCAAGCGUAACACCACCAUUCCCACCAAGCAGACACAGAUCUUCACCACAUAUUCUGACAGUCAGCCAGGGGUCUUGAUCCAGGUGUAUGAAGGAGAGAGAGCCAUGACCAAGGACAACAAUCUGCUGGGCAAAUUUGACCUCAGUGGGAUUUCCCCUGCGCCACGUGGUAUACCACAGAUUGAGGUCACCUUUGACAUUGAUGCCAAUGGCAUCUUGAAUGUGUCUGCUGUUGACAAGAGCACUGGCAAAGAGAGCAAGAUCACCAUCACCAAUGACAAGGGCAGGCUGAGCAAGGAGGAAAUUGAGAGGAUGGUGCAGGAAGCAGAAAGGUACAAAGGCCAAGAUGAUAUGCAGCGCGAGAAGAUUGUAGUCAAGAAUUCCCUGGAGUCGUACGCAUUCAACAUGAAGAGUUCAGUGGAGGAAGAGAAAACAAAAGGUAAGAUCAGCGAAGAAGACAAGAACAAAGUAAUUGAAAAGUGUAACCAAGCCAUAUCCUGGCUGGAAGCAAACCAGGGAGCAGAGAAGGAAGACUUUGAGCAGCAAUUGAAAGAUUUGGAAAAAAUAUGCAAACCCAUCACUGCCAAGCUCUACCAGGGAGGUAUGCCAGAAGGACCAUUCUCAGAACAAGUUGGAAAGGAUCCUUCUGGUGGACCAACAAUUGAGGAAGUUGAUUGAACCUUUAAUUCUCUCAAGAGUGGAAACACUGUUAUGCAAGUCACCUAUGGAUUAUGGCAGUAAUAUCGUUUGAAGUCAUUUUCUCUUCCCUCCUCCCCGAAAUUGCAGUGGUCCUUUUGAAUAUUUGAGUCCUUUUGUAAAUCCUGUUG